CUGAUCCUUCUCUCCCCUCCUCCCUCCUUGUAACGCUGCCUUUGUGUACAGGGGUGUGGGAGGAGAGGCAAAGAAAUCAAACAGCGCUGCCUAGUGCUGGUAACCCAGGGCUGGUGCUUUUCCUCCUCCUCCUCCUCCUCCUCCUUCUCCUCAUCCUCCUCCUCUCUCCUCCUCCUCCUCCUGUCCCCUCCUCUCGGGGACGCUGGGAACCCGCUCCCCCGCCCCCCGCAUCGCCGCCGCCGUGCCCCCCUCCGCCCGCCUCCGCCGACGCUAGCUCGCCAGCCCGCCUGCCUCCCCAGGCACAUGCCCGUGCAGCUGCCCGUCGCCGGGCUUCCAGAGCAGGCUCUGCCGCCGGCCCCGCACCCCCAGCUCCCCGUCCGUGUCCCCGUCCCCCCAUCCCGGGCCGGGAGAGGCGGCCCCGGCAUGCGGAGGGCACGAUGAUCGCCUCUGCCGCCAGGAAGGGGCCGGAGGGCAGAUACCCGCUGCACUACCUGGUGUGGCACAACCGCUACCGAGAACUAGAGAGAGAAGUCCGCGGCGGCCAGGCGGACAUCGAGCAGCUGGACCCCCGCGGUCGCACGCCCCUGCAUCUGGCCACCACGCUGGGACAUUUGGAGUGUGCCCGGGUGCUCCUGGCACACGGCGCAGACGUGGGCAGAGAGAACCGCAGCGGCUGGACAGUGCUCCAGGAAGCCGUGAGCACCCGCGACCUAGAACUGGUACAACUCGUGUUACGGUACCGGGACUACCAGCGGGCCGUGAAGAGGCUGGCAGGCGUUCCUGUGCUCUUGGAGAAACUCCGCAAGGCCCAGGAUUUCUACGUAGAAAUGAAAUGGGAAUUCACCAGUUGGGUGCCCCUGGUUUCCAAGAUCUGCCCCAGCGACACCUACAAGGUCUGGAAGAGCGGGCAGAAUCUGCGAGUGGAUACCACGCUUCUGGGUUUUGACCACAUGACGUGGCAGCGGGGAAACCGGAGCUUCGUCUUCAGGGGCCAAGACACAAGCGCGGUGGUGAUGGAGAUCGACCACGACCGGCGAGUGGUCUACACGGAGACCCUGGCGCUGGCUGCCCACGACCGGGACGUGCUGCUGGCCGCUGUCCAGCCCACAGAAGAGCAGGUGCUCAGCCGCCUCACUGCGCCCGUUGUCACCACUCAGCUGGACACCAAGAACAUCUCCUUUGAGAGGAAUAAGACGGGAAUCUUGGGCUGGCGCAGUGAGAAGACCGAAAUGGUGAACGGCUAUGAAGCUAAGGUGUAUGGGGCAUCCAACGUGGAGCUCAUCACCCGAACCCGGACAGAGCAUUUAUCGGAACAGCACAAAGGCAAGAUCAAAGGGAGCAAGACCCCACUGCAGUCCUUCCUGGGCAUCGCUGAGCAGCACGGGGGGCCCAAUAAUGGGACCCUGAUCACUCAGACGCUGAGCCACACUAACCCCACCGCCAUCACUGCAGAGGAGUAUUUCAACCCCAGCUUUGAGCUCGGUAACCGGGACAUGGGGCGGCCCAUGGAGCUCACCACCAAGACCCAGAAGUUCAAAGCCAAGCUAUGGCUAUGUGAGGAGCACCCACUGUCCCUGUGUGAGCAGGUGGCCCCUAUCAUUGACCUCAUGGCCAUCAGCAAUGCCCUUUUUGCCAAGCUCCGAGACUUCAUCACCUUGCGCCUGCCUCCUGGUUUUCCUGUUAAGAUUGAAAUCCCCAUCUUCCACAUCCUCAACGCCCGGAUAACCUUCGGAAACCUCAAUGGUUGUGACGAGCCUGUGACCUCGGUCCGAGGCAGCCCCAGCAGCGAAGCCCCGUCCCCUAGCAGCGACAACUCCAGCAUCAGCAGCUCCAGCUCCAUGACAUCGUGCCGCGGCUGCGAGAUCGCGCCUUCGCUGUUCGAGGCGCCGCGGGGGUACAGCGUCCUGGGCAGCCAGAGGGAGCCGGGCCGCGAGGAAGAGGACGACCUGCUGCAGUUCGCGAUCCAGCAGAGCCUGCUCGAGGCGGGCAGCGAAUAUGACCAGGUCACCAUCUGGGAAGCGCUGACCAAUAGCAAGCCCGGCACCCACCCCCUGUCCCAGGAAGGCCGGAGGCCGGACAGGCCCCCCCAGCACACUCCCCGGCGGCAGCCCGGCCCCCCGGCGCCCCCGGCCUCCGCCCCCAGCCCCGGCGGCCCCGGGCACGCCUUCCCUAGCUACGCCGAGCAGCUUCGCCUGGCCAUGGAGCUGUCCGCCCAGGAGCAGGAGGAGGCCGAGCGGCGGGAGCGCCAGGAGGAGGAGGAGUUCAAGAGAAUCCUGCAGCUGUCUCUGACCGAGCAGUAGCCCCCGUGGCCCCGCCCCCCCUCCCAGGCAGGGACCUCCGCCUCCGGCCUCACGGGGGCGCUCCCCAGGGUGCUAGGGCUGGGGCCGCCGGGAGCCCUCCCCACGCGCCUGGGGGGGCGGGGCCGGGACGUGACUGAAGGGGAGGGGAGGGCCCCCCCCCCCCCCACGGAUCCCCGCCCCCAGCCCCGCACUCAGACUGAGCCCCUGGGAGGAGGGGGAACGGGAGGGGGUUAGAACCGAGCCUCUGGUAGGGACGCAUGAGCUUCGGGGGCACAGGCUGGGGACCAUGGACAGAGC